CAAAGAGGAAACGGAAACAAACAGAAAAUACAGCGAUUUUUCACCAUUUCUAGUCGGGCCAGGUACAAGAGUUCAGCCUAAUCAACGAUUAAAGAGCAAUUAGAGUGGAUUCUGAGUUCUUUGAAACGAGAGAGCGAGUGUUGGUCCUCACAGUUGUUUUCACGAGUUUCUCGCCGUGGUCUUUAUGUGAGGAUCGCGACGGGAGGAGAGAGAGAGAGGCAGGUGGAGAUCAUUGUGUCUUCUUGGAUCUGUGCUCAUCAUUGCUGUUGAGUUCUCAUUGUCUGGUCCUCUGGUCCACAACAGGGAUAAAACCUGCACCAGGAGGCAUCUUCCACUGCUUUGAACCUAACCACACAGGUGUCCAUCAGGCUGAAUCAUGGAGGCCAUUGCCAAGUAUGAUUUCAAAGCAACUGCAGAUGAUGAGCUGAGUUUUAAACGUGGGGACGUAUUGAAGGUAUUAAAUGAAGAGUGUGAUCAGAACUGGUAUAAAGCAGAACUAAAUGGCAAAGACGGUUUCAUUCCUAAAAACUACAUCGAGAUGAAGGCGCAUCCGUGGUUCUUCGGGAGAAUCCCCAGGGCCCGAGCGGAGGAGAUCCUAAACAAACAGAGGCACGACGGAGCCUUCCUCAUUAGAGAGAGCGAGAGCGCGCCUGGAGACUUCUCCCUGUCCGUCAAGUUUGGCAAUGAUGUACAGCACUUUAAAGUGUUGCGUGAUGGGGCUGGGAAGUACUUCCUGUGGGUGGUGAAGUUUAACUCUCUCAACGAGCUGGUGGACUAUCACCGCACCACUUCAGUUUCCCGAAACCAACAGAUCUUUCUACGAGACAUCGAGCAGGUGACUCAGCAACAUCCAACGUACGUGCAGGCCCUGUUCGACUUCGACCCUCAGGAGGACGGCGAGCUCGGCUUCAGACGCGGAGACUUCAUUCAGGUCCUGGACAACUCUGACCCCAACUGGUGGAAGGGCGCCUGUCACAGCCAGACGGGCAUGUUCCCACGCAACUACGUCACGCCUGUCAAUCGGAACAUGUAAAGGAAAGAAAACAAGUGAUUAGUGAAUCAAUUAUAAUUAACGGCCCCCUCACAUUCACAUACAAUCAGACUACCCUACAUGUCCCCGUCAACACCCUUAAAGUCCGGUGAAAAUUAAAGCGGCGCAGAGGAAUGGAAACCGUGACUCAAAACAAGGAGAAAACAAAAAAAGACGUAGCAGGAGAGGCUGGAGGUUUCCUCCUCUUCCGUGGUGCCCGGGCGAAACUAUUAUUCCUGAGAAUCGUGAUGUCUUCAUGAACGCUUACAGUCCAGACUGAGCUGGUAGAGUCUUAGCUUAGUAAACCACACACCCAUUAAAACAACAGUGAUUCUGUCCGUAGAUUCAUCCUGCUGCUUCUGGCUUCUUUUCUAGCAGUUAGAAUAGAUUUUGUUUGUUUGUUUGUUUGGGCUGCAUGUUUAAAUCUCUUUACAGUAGUAAAUCCUGACGCUGUUUUUAAAAAGGAAAAAAAAACAUUCAAAAAAAAUAUAUAAGAGUAAGAAAUUGCGAACGCAUUGUACAUCUGGGCUGUGGAGAAGAAAACAGAAAAGUCGCCUAUAAAGAGAAUCCAUUUUUUAAGAAUAUAUAUAUUAUAUAUUUGUAUGUGUCUGUCUGUUUUACCUUUCAACUAUUUUUUUUUUUUUUCAGUUGUACAUUAAUUUUUUGGUGAGGCUGGAUGAAAACGGAGUAGAUCUGAGACAUGCUAAUUUUAUGAGCAUCUCAGGCAUAACGCCAUAGUAUUUAACGCAUCAUGUAUUCCUUUUGACAUCAUUCUUUGUUUGAGAACCAAUAGGUGAGCGGCUCCUUGGCGACAGCAAUGCAUCGCCGGGGAGCUUCCAAUCAUGCAGGAGUUGAUCUAAUGUGAAAAACCAGAUGGCUAGCCACCAUAUUACGCCCCAUGUAUUUAUUGCAGCCACUUUUUCUUUGUCUUGGGAUGUGAAUGUAGCCAACAUCACUCUGUAGGGACGUGAGAUCGGAGAGCUGAUCCACAGUUUCCUGAUUUCAGAGACGCGUCUGUGUAAUGAUGUCCAUGUCGAAAAACUGUCCAGGAAACGAUUUCAAAUCACGAGAUCUGGGAUUGAAAAACUGGUGGGUGCCAGUGAGAAGUAAGAAAGCAGAGAGUUUCUGUGUAUUCGGAGUCGUCACAUCGACUAAUUUGAUGCGUUCGGUUUGUUUUCUCUGACCUCUUUUGUCUUUUCAGUGUUGUAUGUUUUAGCUCUUCUGGCUCCUGGUGUAUUAUUGACUGACCCGCUCCUCCUCCUCUGUGCUUUUCUGUGAUGUUUUCCUGUUCUCUCUGGAUUAGUGCCUUUUUCUCUGGUGUGACCGUGUCUCAGGCUGGCUGCUUUAGCCUGAGCAUUGGGCUGUGUGAGAAAUCGUGAACACACCUGCACACAGUCACUCCUAUUUAAAUGUCUCGCCUUUUUCUUAACCUUUUUUUUGUUUUUUGUUUUUGUUGCCUUUUUCCUUGUUUCUUUUGAAUAAAUAAAAAGAAAACACGUCUGUGUCAGAUAAUUUA